CACAUUGUUAAGACAAUCAUCCGAGAUCUAUUCUCUUCUUUUCCUCUCACGUUCACUCUAACAUUCAAAGACUUCUUCUUUUUUUUUUGUUUAUUGGCAUAAAGUAUGUGUGACACAUUUUAGAAUAUAAUUUUUUCUAGUAACAUAUGACCUUAAUUCUUAGUUUUGACAGUGUAAAUUUUUCUUCUCAUACCAAAUGUAUUAUCAGAGAAACCGUGUGACUACAGUUUAAAGGAAGCAAAAUGAAUGAGUGGUGUAUCGUUAUUGCAAUCGUCUUCUUUGCAUCUAUACUUGUUGCAAAUAACACGAGAAAGACAAAGAAAAACCUACCACCCGGACCACCGCGACUUCCUAUAAUUGGAAACUUGCACCAACUCGGAUCAAAACCUCAUCGCUCCAUGUUCAAAUUAUCUGAAAAAUAUGGAUCUCUAAUGUUCCUAAAGUUUGGAAAUGUGUCCACCGUUGUGGCGUCAACUCCAGAGACGGUGAAAGACGUCUUGAAAACUUUCGACGUUGAUUGUUGUUCACGACCUUAUUUGACUUAUGGUGCAAGACUUUCAUACAAUCGCAACGAUCUCGUCUUUUCUCCUUAUAGCAAAUAUUGGAGGGAGUUGAGAAAGUGGACAGUUGUGGAACUCUACACCGCAAAAAGGGUGAAGUCUUUUGGACAUAUCAGAAGAGAAGAAGUUGCCUCCUUGGUCGAUUUCAUCAAACAGUCUGCCUCGUUGGAGAAACAGGUUAAUUUCAACCUCCAGUUUAUGAAAUUGUCAGCAAGUGUGAUUUGUAGGCUUGGAUUUGGGAUAACUCUUGAAGGGAGUAAACUUGAGAAUACUUAUGAUCAAGUCAUUCAAGGGAUCAUGGAGGUUACUGGGAGUUUUGCGGCAGCAGAUUUCUUCCCCGUUGUUGGUGGACUAAUUGAUAGGCUCACAGGGUUACAUAGCAAAUGUGAGAAGGUUUUUAAAGCAAUGGAUGAGUUUUUCGAUGAAGCUAUAAAACAUCAUUUAGAUGAUGAUAGUAUUAAAGAUGAUAUCAUUGCCUUGCUUCUCAAAAUGGAAAGGGGAGAGAUUGGACUUGGAGAGUUUCAACUUACUCGAAACCACACCAAAGGAAUUCUUCUGAACAUUCUUGUUGCGGGAAUAGACACUUCUGCCCAAACUGCAACAUGGGUGAUGACACAUCUGAUUACAAACCCGAGAGUUAUGAACAAAGUGCAAGCCGAGGUGAGACAAGUGAUCAAAAACAAAGACCAUAUCACAGAUGAAGAUAUAAAGCAACUGGAGUAUCUCAAAGUGGUGAUUAAAGAAACAUUAAGGAUAAAUCCACUUGUGCCACUCUUAGUUCCAAGGGAGGCUUCAAAAGAUAUAAAGAUUGCUGGUUACGACAUUCCAAAGAAAACAUGGAUUCAUGUCAAUGUUUGGGCUGUUCAUAGGAGUCCAAACAUUUGGAAAGAUCCAGAAGUUUUCAUCCCUGAGAGGUUUAUGGACAAUGAGAUCGACUAUAGAGGUCUUAACUUUGAGUUGUUGGCAUUUGGUAGUGGAAGGAGGAUGUGCCCUGGUAUGGGUAUGGGUAUGGCUUUGGUACACUUGACUCUUAUCAAUCUUCUUUACCGUUUCGAUUGGAAACUCCCGGAAGGAAUGGAUGCAAAAGAUGUUGAUCUUGAAGAAUCAUAUGGAAUUGUAUGUCCUAAAAUAGUUCCGCUUGAGCUUAUCCCGGUCAUUACCCAUUGGACUUGACUUUUUUUUUGGACUUGACUUUUUUAUAUAGUAGUAUUUUCAUAUUGUAUGAUGUAAUCUUGGAAGUGUUUGAUGUCUUAUCACUAUCAAUAAAAAUAAUGUUUGAUGAA